UAAUAAUUAUUUUGCUUAUCAGAUUAUUGAAUGAUGUCUUAUUUUGUCUUCUUCAGAUCAAAUUGAUGAGAACUUGCGUACAGCUCUUCAGUUAGAUCUGCUAGCUAUGGCUCCUGGCUUGCGAGUGCAGGCUGUGAGAGUCACCAAACCAAAGAUACCAGAAAGCAUUAGACGCAACUAUGAAGCAAUGGAGGGGGAAAAGACAAAAUUGUUGAUUGCCCAACAGAAACAAAAAGUGGUUGAGAAAGAGGCAGAGACAGAAAGGAAGAAGGCUGUUAUUGAGGCUGAGAAGGCAGCUCAAGUGUCAAAGAUUCAAUAUGAUCAGAAAAUUAUGGAGAAAGAGAGUCUCAGGAAAAUGUCCGAGAUCGAGGAUGGUGCUCAUGUAGCCCGUAUGAAAGCUAGAGCUGACGCAGAAUUUUACACUGCUGUGAAACUUGCUGAGGCCAAUAAGCUUAAACUGACGCCUGAGUACCUGGAGCAGAUUAAGUACAACUCCAUUGCCUCUAACACCAAGAUAUUCUUUGGACCCAGUAUUCCGAGUGUUUUUCUUGACAGCAAAUUCUUCAGUCAGCCUUCCAGCAUAGAUUCUGCUGCUAAAAACCAACAAAGUGCGGUAUGCUAAGCCACUUUUUCAGUCUUGGAGUAAAAUCGUCAGCCACAUAAGGUGGUUUAAACGUUUGGAUCUGUGGAUUUGCAUUACAACUGCUUUCAUUCCAGACGCAUAUCGCUGUAACUAGACUUAGAUCUAACUGAACCGAAUUCUAAGUAUAACUGCUACGUCUCAAACUCAGUUUAAAAACACUAACUAAAGAAUUUACAAUGAAGUUGGCAGUUACUUGUGAUAAUACAU